AAAUGUGACUGAACUUCCAAUGGGGAAUGGGGCCUGGGGUUAAGAGUUCAUGCUCUCUAUCAUAAACGUGAAUAUUCAUACCCCGUGGCACUGUAGGGAGUAUAGAGAACCAAUCAAGAAAUGACUCAACCUGGAGACUGCUGAAUAUGCAUGAAAAAGUGUGCUGCAGUGGACCAAUAGGAGCACAGACACAGAGGGGAAGGGGCCUUAUUGCAGUAUGAUGUGUACGGUGCAGUGGUGCACUGCUGCCUCAGCUCAGAGCUGUAAUAUUGGGGGGUUCACAGUAGUCAGUCCGCUUGUUACGCACUUCUACUAUGCUUCGGUCUGACUGAGUAGGAAAGACACCCCAGCCAGCAGCGCUACCGUGUUUGCUCUGAUCGCACAGGAAGGAUGACUGGACAGUGAGGUUGUCAUGUCCAAUACUCAUCACCCAUCUCUAAUAGUUCUACAAUAGAGCAGAGUUCAGCUCAACCCUACUGCCCUAGCCUGCCGCACAUUCAAUUAUCCCCCCUCCUCACUACAACAGCCUUCGGUAACUGCCAUCCGCGCUCUGGACUACCACUUUACACCUCUCGCUGUUUUGGUAUUACGCCAUUUUUACCUGGGAUUCAAUCUAUUCGGCAGAUCGUUCAUAACAUAAAUUCUUGCCUGUAACCCAGCAUCGUUAGACAUUUGAUUCAGGGUUGUAUGUGCGGAUAGGGGCACAUUUAGGAGGAGAUUCAAAGGACUUUAUACUCUCUAAUGUUUUAGGAUCUAGGGAAUCAAGAUGCUGCCAGUAUCUCAUCAGUUUUUCUACUGUGAUGCGGAUGUAUACCACAGAUCAGCGUAUACGUCAUCAUUGAAGCUGCCAUGUGAUCCAGAUCCAGACCCUGACCCACUAGCCUGUCUGGAAGCCUUAGGACCAACCUCAUCCUUUCUGGAUUCCUUCGAGGCCUUAGACUUCAUUGACUCUGAGAGCGUCACCACUCAGGGAAGCAAGGAGAACCUCUUAGACGUUGAUGACUACACAUCAGUUUACAGAGAAACAUUGGAUUCCAACAAGCUCAACCAAUUGAACAAUAACACAGUGUAUGCGGACAUAUCAGAACCUCCCUACCAAAGCAUCGACAGAGCGUGGUUGAAAUCAGGACGCAAAGCCAUGGCGAUGGCCAACACAAACCAAAGCAACCAAACGCAGUCUGUGGCCAUCAUCGAAGAUGACCCUUUGAACCCUGACUAUGCUGCAGUGAAGCAUGUGGUCACCUUCUCAGAACCCCACACCCCUCCUCUCCCAAUCAGAGAAAUAUCAAUCGGAGACACACCCCCUGAACUUCCCCCUCUAGAGGUCAGGAGAAGACCCCCUUCAGACACCCACUCCCAAUCCUCACCACGAUCCAGCAAAAGCAAUAGUGGUUCAGACUUUGAUAUUAACACCAGCAGGACUAAAGUGAUUUGUAAUGAUAGGGUCAAGUUUGGGUCAUUGGAUCCAAGGAAGCUAGAGGAUGUGACACCAUCGAGGUUCAGGAAUGGUCGUUAUGAGAACCCUUGGGAAACAUGGUCCAUGCCUUCCUUUGGCAAUGUACUUAAGUGGUGGCUCUUUAGUAAAAACAACAGCAAUGUGCCAUCAAAAUCGACGCUAGAGAAGACCUUACCAGUGCUAAAACCAGCCCAUGAUGAGAUCAAAGUUCCACCCAUCUCUGGAGUACGUGUCACAUGGAUUGGCCAUGCAACAGCUCUCGUUCAGUUUGACGGUAUCUCAGUGCUAACCGAUCCCGUCUUCAGCGAUCGCUGUGGUCCCAUGUCAUGGAUGGGCCCAAAGAGGUAUCGACCCCCUCCGUGCCAGGUCAAAGACCUCCCUAAGAUUGAUGCCGUCGUCAUCAGCCACUCGCACUUUGACCACCUUGAUGCGCCUUCUGUGUCUGCCCUCAAUGCAAGGUUUGGAUCUGAUCUAAGGUGGUUUGUACCGCUAGGUGUCCUAGACUGGAUGGCCGGCAUGGGAUGUGAGAAUGUCAUCGAGAUGGACUGGUGGCAGGAGAACUGCAUCCCGACCCACAGCGACGUCACAUUCGCCUUCACUCCGGCUCAACACUGGGGGCAGCGUACACCCACGGACAGGUUCAAGACGUUGUGGGGCUCCUGGUGCAUCAUGGGACCAAACAACAGCUUCUUCUUUGCCGGUGACACUGGCUACUGUCGAGGGUUUGAAGAGAUAGGGAGACGUUAUGGCCCCUUUGAUCUAGCUGCUAUACCGAUUGGAGCUUAUGAGCCAAGAUGGUUUAAGAGGCCUGUGCAUUGUAGCCCCACAGAGGCGGUGCAGAUUCAUGAAGAUGUCAACUCACGCAAGUCGGUAGGAAUACACUGGGGGACAUUCCGACUUGGCAGUGAGCAUUAUCUGGACCCGCCCAAGGAAAUGAAAAAGGCCCUCGAGAGCAAAGGGCUCCCUCUGGAGGAUUUCUUUGUAAUGAAGCAUGGUGAGUCAAGACUACUCCUAGAAGAAAUGGAAACGGACUGAGGAUGAUGAUUAAAAGGACCAAUCAUCAAUGAAGUUACAUCCUUCGAUUUUGAGGUUACCAAGGCAAAGUUCAUCUCAAGGGCUUUUCAUAUGAAAGCAACCGUGGUUUGGGUAUUAACAUAAAAGGAGUGAAACUAUGUUCAAUAUUUCUGAUGGGUCUUUCCUAUCAUGACUAAAUGAUCAGAAAAUCUCAAAUGUCUGAACCUGAAAAGAAAAUGACUUGGUCUGUAUAGUUUCAUGUAAGGUAUGGCAUAUUAAUAUGCAGGAUGCAAUUACUCUAACGCUUUGUAACAUAGACACUUUGGUAGUGGAAUGUCCACUAAUCUUAAGAAUUGUUGUCUCCUGUUUUAAUCGGCAUAAAUGUAUAUUCUGGAAGUACUAUGUAAUCUUAGAUCUGGAAAGAGAUCAAGAUAUGUUUUCUUACACAAAGGAAAAUCUAAACCACUCUAGAGAUUUAUAUUUAGCUAUCACAUUGUGUUGAGGAUGAGUUAUUUUUUUAAUGUUUAAUUACUAACUGAUCAUUUUUUCAGUUCUAGUAAUAGUUUAAAGGUUUUACAGGUUUAGGUUCUUAGAAAUCAAUGAAAUUAUACUGAUAUGAGUAAUUAUGAUGAAGUUACAAAUUGUUAAAGUGUACUUUUGAUCCGAAAAUAGCUUUUCUGUAAAUUGUGAGUAUAAUAGUCGACACACCCAUAAGUGAUCGCUCAAACUCCCACUUGUGUUCCAUGGCGGUGCUUAUUCGUAUUCUUUAUUUUCGUUACUAUAGCUGUAGCUGUGCACAAAACAUUAUGUAGGUGAUUGGUACACUUCAAAUUUGACUUUGAAGCCAUAUGUAGAAAGGACACCAAACUUGUAUACAUGUACAGCAAAUACAAAAGUUGUCAUGCUAAACAAUGAAGUAAUUGUUAUUAAUGUGUAUCCAUACCACAAUAUGUUUCAUUGAGAACAUACACUUACUCAGGACUGCUUAGUAACUCUUUUCCAGUAGGAUUUCCAGAAUAGAAAAUUUAUGACGUCUGUAAUUAUUAAUUAACCCCCUUUAAAAUUUUAAAAUGGGGGUCCAGAGUUAAAAUAUGAGGCUCAUGUGACAGUGAUGUGUCUAGGGCAGCCGUUAGUGUAUGCUCUAUGUACUUUACUUGACCAUUUAGUACCUAAGUAUAGAGGGUAUAGAGUUAUGGUGAUGCAAACUGUGGUUUGGGUCAUGCAAAUGAGGUACCCCUCAGAGCAGAGAAUCAAAAGGAAGGCAGAGAGAUAGCAAGAGGAAGAGGCCUGCUGACGCAACGACAGUGAUUGGGAUCAGUGACUCUCCCUCUCCCGUGAUCUCAUGCCGGGAUUGGCAGACCGUGACACUCUUUAUUAAAAUCAGGUCUGGUUGAAUGACCCUCUGAAGCCUCCUUCUCAUCCACCUCCUCCCUCCCUCUCUGACAAUCAGUGCACAUCUUGUGAAAAUACUUGUUUAAGAGAUGAGAUAAGAGUCAAUGGUCGGUGUUCUACUGAUUCAGUUAAAUCUGACACUGGCGCUUGGUCAUGUUGAACAAAGGAAAAACUUAGACCUAGGUCCAUUUUUAGCCCAUUAUCAGUGGGAACUGGGUAGUCCCUGUAUCAAGCCUAUAGCAAGGAGAUAAUUUGGUAAUUAAGGGGUUAAUUUAACUUUAGACCAAGCAAAAACCCAUGUUCUACUAAUAAUUUAGUAGAAUACUGGCCCAAAUGUCUUUCAAGUUUUGAUAACUGUUGCUUUUGUGUAUUUUUUUAGCUACAGUGUCUCAAUUUUGUACCAAAAUUUUCAAAGGAAAGCAAUAUCAAUCAUUCAUAAGAUUUAAGGUAUCACUUGCAGCUUCAAUUUGAAUGGUUUCUGCCAAAUUGAUAUGGUGCCAUUUAAAUUUUUCUGACAUAUUGAAGCCGUUGUAGGAUAUACAAUAAAUAAUAAUGUUAAUAGGUUCAGAAGUGAAUGCUUCUUUGAUUGUGUAAUCAGUAUUGAUACCCUUUGAAAGUGCCAGGGUAACCGUAUGAAGUUAUCUGUUCAUAUAAAAUCUGCUUCAAUGUAGAUUUAAACCAACACCUACUGAAACCUCAAGGCUCCUAUAUGAAGCCUUCAGAAAUGAGAGAAUUCAGAAGUCAACAGGUUAAGAUUAAAUCCAAAGAGGACUUAUAACAAUAUCAGAAUUCAUCACAUAUUAGUAGUUUACAGGAACAGCUUCUGACAGCCUUCCACACUGCUUAGCCAUCAAUCAAUAGUGAUUGAUUUGCAAAUAGUUUUUAAUACAUUAUCAUCAUCAUCAUUAAAAAUAUAAUUGACUCUCAUGAGCAUAUUGUAAUUAUAGCUAGUGUAAUUACACCGAAGGAACUCUUAUUAUGUUAUGUACAUAAGCUCUGCCUAUGGAAAGAAUAUUAGUGAAUAUUGCAACAUGUCAUUAUUUAUCGAUCACUUUUUUAGAAACAUUUUCCCUCUUUCUAUUUUGUUUUUGUUGUUGUUGUAAUGUGCAAGUUGUGAUGUCUCCAGUACAAAAAUACUAUUAUUUUUAUGUCAUACAAAGCAUCUAGAUAAUCAGUGACUUUUACUCAUGCAUGUUAUCUUUGCAUGUAGCCCAUAGAAGUGCUUGUAGAUAGUGCCAAGUCAUGUCAUGAGUUGCUAGAUCAUUGUGUCGGUUACAACAAAACUUGUGGAGUAAAUAUAGAUGAACUUGAACUUGAUGUACCAAUUGUGUAGUUAUUUAGAUUGGAUCACAGCAUUAAGGAUUGCUUCGUGCAUGCACGAUAGUUGAAACUUGAAGUGACAUCAGCACAAUAGGUUAUAGAUCUCUGUUUUGAUUAGAUUAGUUUGCUCUGUGAAUCAUAUUUUGAAAUGUGUUUAUUUUGAAAAAUGUAUUUUUGUUAUUUAGUAUUGAUUUUUUUAGUUUGCUUUAAAUUUUCAUCUCCAUCAUCAUAUUCAUUUGUUUGUUUUUCUUUUAGUGUGUAAGCGCAGCUUAAUUGCAUAUAUCACCCUACUGAAUUUCAAUUCUGAUGCAAAAAUAGAAAUUAUAUUAUGACAAUGUAUAGAAUAUGCAAAUGAGAUUUAUAUGUCUAUCUUGAUAUUUCAUUGUGACAAUUUCCCUUAGGAGUACCAAAAUUUUGUCUUCAGAUCGUUUUUCUAUUGAGAAAAGGCUUGCUGUACUGUGAAUGAAAUCAUCUGUAUCCUAAUUUGCUAUUGCUAAGAGCUAAUGAUUUUCCCUCUUGGCCCUUUUGACCAAAAUCAUGUAAUAACCAUAACAGCAAAUGUCAAAAUUGUUGACAUAACAUCUAAUGGGACAUUGAGAUUUGCAGUGAAUUGUAGUAAACUGAUAUAGGGCUACAUUUCUGUUCCUAUACUCAGGUAAUAUUGAUUUAAAGAGUUGAUAUUUAUCAGGUCAUCCAUAAUAAUCUUGUGUAAGUAAUAUGCUAUUUUGUUUUAUUUGUAAAGAAAUGUAUUCAGCAAACAGAUUAUAUUUAUGAGUAUAUAUAUUUAUAAUUGUGUAAGUCUAUGGUUAUUAUUAUUUGUUUAUGUUGGUGUAUCAUUGAUAUCUUAGUUCAGAGCUGUGGUAUUUAUUUUAAAAUUGCUGAUGGGUUUGAAUCUAAAAUAGCUUGACAUAUGUAUUCAAUUCAUUAGUAUAAAGGAGUUUUAUUCAAAUUCCACUUGUAUAAUGUAUUUCAUUCAGACUCUAUUGGUGUCUGUCAUAGAUUUUUCAGUGGAAGCUUGUCAGUUAUUGAAGAUGUGAAGAAAAAAAUAUCAUCCAGAAUUAUGGAUGAAUCUCUUUAAACUGUUCAAAUAAAAGCAAAGAUAAAAACAAAUUCUCAAGAGAUUUGAUAAUCAACAUCAAAAUAAUCACUUGUGUAAUUUCAUUCAAAAUAACAAUCUUUAAGAACUAAGAUUUUUAAAUUUUAAUAUUGAAUCUCUACUAAAUUUGUUUUUUUUCUUAAGUGCACCUACCUAUGUGCAGCUACAUUUAUUUUUAGUAAUGCGAUAUAAAUUGGGAUAAAAUGAUAAAUGCAAAGCCAAGAAAUUGAAUGGAUGAUGAGGUAUAGAGGAGGAGGGGUAAUACUAAGAAGACAUGACAAUGCAGUGCUGUAAAAAUAUGGUUUAAGCCGGCCACAAAAGCUAUGAAUAAGCAGCUACCUGCUUUAGGGGUUUGUAAUAAGUCACUUGGGGGAUGCAUGCCUGGCAGCACCAAUUUGUGCUUCACCUCGAUCGGCACAGGAAAUGCCUGCUUAAUGAUCCUACUAGUGGUUGAUGACAAACGGCUUUGGUGUGGUUGGAACAGGUAGCAAGAGUUGAUUGAAGUCGUGGAAAUAAAAGGAAAAGAGGAUUU